AUCUAUGCUCCAUAUUUAUCAUACUUAUGCAUAUUCAUUGUACUUUUUAUAUAUAUGUGGAUGUAUAAUUUAUUUCACUUCAACUUACAGUCAAGAAGUGGGAUUUUUUGUAAACUUGGUUUACAAAAACUCCAAACUUAAGUCUCACUCAAUAUAUCGCUCCUAUUCUUAUCUUAUUAAAUAUCAUAUCUAAACUAAAACUAAACUGAUCCUAAUCUAAUUGUACAUAUGAUCCUGUAAUUUACAAGAUACAAUUAACAAUAACAUGUUUACCUACAUCAAAUUAACUUAAUUUAUACUUUUUAAUAGAAAUUUGCUUCAUAAAUGCAACAUUGUUUCUUUGUAAAUAAGUUUAACACUUAAAAAUGAUAUAUCGGAAUGCUUUGAUAAUAUUUUUGUUAUUUUUGUUCUCUAGAGGAAGACAGAUAAAACAAAAUGGCAGAACAACAACAAACACCUCCUGGUUUCAAACGUCAGUCUUUUGAUAAGAUGAUUGAAACUGUGACUGCCAAUUUGGAAGGUUCAAGUGGACAUUAUGUUCAGUUUGGCGUUACACCGCAACAAGCAAACUCUCAUAAUUGGGGCGAUUACACAUCCGGACAGACCAGGCAUCAUAUACUUGGUCAACCAACGCAUCCCAAUCCUUCUGGAAUGCAACCGAUGGCUCCAAUGGCCACGUCUUUGUAUAUGCGAGAUAUGCCUGGUUACGAAGCCACAACCGCUGAUUCGAUAUACUUUCCAGCGCAAACAGUAAAUCACUUAGGCAUCAAUGAGAAUAAUGAUUUAAUUGGUACCAUUGAUUGUGGUGGUGGGAAUUAUAUCAAUGUUAUUUACGGGCACGCUUCUCCGAUUAUGUCAGCUCCCGAGCAAUGUCAGCUCCCAAAUAUGACGCCAUAUGCUAAUCAAGGUAUUGUUGAUCAGGAGUAUGGCCUGUUUAAUAACCAACAUAUGGCUAUACCAUCUGAAUUACCCAAUCAGAAUUUUAAUGGGAAACAGUUGAUCGACAAUUUAGUUGAAAAUUGGGUACCAAAUCAAUCUGGAACAUAUAGUCCAUUUGGUGGAUCUCCCAAUAUCACACCUGUACCGCAAUCUGUACCGGAUAUAAGGGAAACUGAGGAAUUACCUAGAAAUACAUCGGAUUCUCAAUAUAAAAAACCAAGGAUGGUAGCAGAAGUGAAACCUAUGAGACCCUCUUAUUCAGAUGUUUUGACUAAAUCAGUUCCAACACCACCAUCUCCGUUAACAGUUCAGCCCACAAAGCCAAAACUUGAGGUAGCAGGUAAGAAAGUGUCUAAUAAGAAUACGAAAAAUAAAAACAAACCUGCAUUAUUGAAGAGACAGAAUUCAUCCGGCAGCGAUGAUCACAAUUCUCCAAAGAUGCAAAUUCCUAGAAAAGUUUUAGAAAAAAAUUCUUCUAAUCUUCCAAGACGAUGGGUAUCACUGGACAACCUUGGUUCGCAAUCCGACUCUCGUCAGAUAAAUGCUUUCGAGAGAUCCGAUCAAUUUUGUUCAGAAAAAAAGAAACCUGUCAAACUAUCUAAGAAAGCAGAAAAGAACGAGACUCUUAAUAACACUAAAAUACAAAACAGCAAUCCGAAAACUUCAGGAAAUAUCCCAAAACGUCCAAUACAGAUAAACAACAACUUGAAUACAAUCAAUACGUCCAGUCAAACGGUGUCAACUGAAAAAAUUGAAAAGAAUCAGCAGGUUAUUAACAAAAUUAGUAAAGAAGAUAAAAAAGUAAUGAAGGAGAAAAAUCCUAAACGUUUUCAAGCUGAGAAGGCUCAACAAAUUAAAAAGGGGCAAAGAAACAGGAAAAGAGAGAAUAGAGAAUCUUCUGUUAAGGAUUUAUGUAGAAAUUUAAAUAAAUAUGCGACUCGUUGGAGUAAAGUCGUAUUAAAAAUCUUUUAUUGGUUACUACAUCUAAUUUCUGAUGUUGUUAGUAUGAGCGCUAACUUGGUUAUUCAGCUUGGUAAAUGUGCUUGGUAUCAUACUAUACUUUAUUUGAAAUACUGGUGGAUGUACAUGGCUGUGACAUUUUGUAAAAUUCGUAUUUUAAACGCUAUCGGUAAACAGUUAGACAAUUGGCUCGGAAGUAGUAAGUUUGCAUUCUGGCGAAAGAUAAACAAUAAAAAGAAUGAGGAAAAAGAGGAUAAUGGAAAUUGGAUUCAUGGUGGUUUGGAAACUAAUAUUGCAUUACCCAGUACUGGUGAGGAAGCCAUGAAGAGAUUACUAGCAUGCAAGGGAAAGGAUCCUUAUAGCAUACUCGGCGUUACGCCAACGUGUACGGAUGACGAUAUUAAAAAAUAUUACAAGAGACAAGCUGUUUUAGUUCAUCCGGAUAAAAAUAAUCAGCCAGGAGCUGAAGAGGCAUUCAAAAUUCUUGUACAUGCCUUUGACAUCAUUGGAGAACCGGAACGUAGGCAAGCGUUUGAUCAAACUAGGCAAGUUGAAGCAGCUUGGGGUGAACUAAGUGAUUUGUUAUCUCAACUCCAUCGAAAAAUGGAGCAGGCAGCAAACACGAUAAGAUGUACGAAUUGUGGUUCGCGACACAAACGUGUUCCUACACAACGUCCUUGUUACGCUGCACGGUUUUGCGCUCAAUGCAAGAUACGUCAUAGUGCGAAAGAAGGCGAUAUUUGGGCAGAAUCUCGUUUAAUGGGUUUUCUAUGGCACUAUUAUGCGUGCAUGGAAGGAGCAGUGUAUGACGUAACUGACUGGGCUGCUUGUCAAUCUGGAAAUCUUAAGCAUCUUAGAGCAAACACGCAUAGUGUCCAAUAUAGGAUUGUAUUAGGGCAAAGAUUACCAUCUCAAACGUCCAGUAGUGGUAAAAAACGACAGCAAGAUCCCAAUACAAGCGAGGCAGAUUUUGAGGAUUUUCUAAACAAUCUCUACAAUCAUAGCAAAUCUGCUGGUGCUAAUACGUCGGGGGAUCAAAAUUCUUUUAGAGGAGAUUGCAGACGACGUAAAACUAAGCGUAAGAAGUAGAUAAAUAGCUGGUGCAAAUUGAUGGCAAACAACUUCUGAACAUUUAUAAUUUACGAAGCGCGCAUUAUUAAUGCAUACUACACACAAUCUUAAAAAUUUACCUUAUUCAUAAACAAUUAACUUUAGCAUGUAGAUAUUAUGAAUGAAAUACUAAUAUUUGACUGAUACACAAUAUGAGAUUAAUGAAAGAUUGUGUUCACAAGAAUAAUGUGCAUAUAAACAUCGUGUGUAGUAAAUAAACAUUGUAUGGAAUAGAA